UUGAAAAUAAUUACACCUAUUCAGGUAACCCUUGACGGUAUCGGACGUGUUACCUACAAAGUCGGUGAUGAUUUGAAGCCAGUGCAGAAAGAUCGUCAAGGAGCUAUUUGCAAAGGAGAAUGCGCGCCUUUGAUCAAGCAGAUUGUAAUGCUGAAAUCAGUAACCAGCCAUACAUUCACCUUUGGCUCAUUGGGAGACGGCACUAAAACCACAAAAUCUAAAGAAAAAUAUACUACUCGUAUAUGCGACGAUAUUUGUGUAACCUACUUUGCCCUUGCUGAAACGAUGUUCUCUUUUAAUACGGCUGAUUAA